AUGGGAUUUUUGAGUGGUGUGCUUGGUGCGGUGAAAAACGAAAAUGAAGUGAUAACUUAUGAUGUAAACGGCCAUUUAAAUAAAUUACCGCAAGAAAUAAAUAAAAAAAUGUAUAAAGGCCCGCAUGAAUUUUGUCUGGCAUUGAGUAACAUAGGUGCCGUGCUUGGUUACUAUGAUGCUGAGGUUAACAGAAGAAUCAAUGCAGUUGUGGAAAACAAUUCCAAUGGUACGUUAUAUGCAUUGCAAUCUCAAAUUGAUAAAAAUAUCAGGAACUUGCAGGAUUCACUGACUACCAAGAAGUACGAGGAUGUGGUUGCACAGUGGAAGGACGUAGUUACUGAUGGACUUACUGCGCUAAUUAAGUCAGCAGAGUCGGCAAUAAAUGAACUUGAUACACCGUUGAAAACGAAGGUUACGAAUGAUUUUGAAAAAAUAAAGACGGCGGUUAACAAUUUGAAUGAUUCAGCGAAUAGGGACGUCGACCAACUUAGGAGGUUGGGGAAAAAAGUGGAAGAGAGAUUCAGUACAUUAAGAUUAAAUGUGUACACAGAAAUACGCAAUCAAAUUAAUGCGCUUGACGAGACAUUGAAGAAGGCGUUUGCCGAAAUCAAGAAGAGCAUUUCUGCGGUUGAGAAGGCGUUAGCACAGGUGAAGAGCAAUUUGGCAAGUUGGAGUGAAGCAGCCAUGAGAAUCGUAAAUGCGGGUAUUAAAAAGUGUGAGAAACUUUUGGAGAGGUUGGAUGAGGAGAAUUAUGGUGAUAGAUAUGCAACAAUAAGAAAAAACGCUGAAAUUUUGCAACGAAGGGCUCCUAAGUUGUGA